UGAGCAGCACGGGCGUAGGCGAGAUUCCGUCUAUGCCGAGUGGUGGCGCACCACGAAUUCCUCACAGCCGAGGUAGCCCGAGUCUGCCCCGAAGUCUGCCUCGACUUGCUGACAUGGCGUCCUAGCGCUCUGUACACUGGCCAACAAAGUACGUCCUCGUUGGGUGUAAGGCUUUGUGGGCACCAACCCCACUGCACUGUGUGGGUUCAUCAACGCGCCCUGGAUAUAACAUGCCAAGGUCACAAGUGAAAAAAACGUGAUAUUUGUGGCCGAUGAAGAUUACAGAAGGCAAAUUACUUUGGAGUAACAGCCGCAGUAGCAGAAGAAGCAGCAGCAGCAGUAGCAGUAAACGAGGAAGCAAUAACGAUUGUUUGAGGCCGUGGUUAGCGCGGAAGAGCGUCAGCAACGCGCAAAUAAGAACUACAUCUAAGAUCUGAUGUUAGCGGAUAUUAACGGUAACCUGACGGAUCUGAGAAGCGAAGCGAUGACGUCGCAGAGGUUUUGUCUGCGAUGGAAUAACCAUCAGAGCAAUUUACUUUCGGUGUUUGAUCAAUUGCUGCACGAUGAAGCUUUCGUGGAUGUGACGCUGGCCGUCGAGGGCCAGUUGCUCAGGGCACAUAAAAUGGUCUUGUCAGCAUGCAGUCCCUACUUUCAGGCUCUGUUUACAGGUCACCCUGAUAAACAUCCAAUAGUAAUUCUCAAGGAUGUUCCUUAUGUGGAUAUGCGCAGUCUCCUAGACUUUAUGUACCGUGGUGAGGUGAGCGUUGAUCAAGAUCGGCUUACAGCCUUUCUCAGAGUUGCCGAGUCACUAAGGAUAAAGGGUUUAACGGAAGUUAAUGAGGAUAAAUGUGAUUUACCAAACAUAACGUCUUCAUUACUUGGAAAUCAAAACACAGUACCUCCACCCCCACCAAAUUUACAUAGAAUAAACCAAAUUGGGUCACAUCAUCAUCAUGUUACACAAAAAAGGUUCCAUCAUAUGUCAAGUCAUCCGCUAUUAGGAUCGGCACUAACUGCGCCAAAGAGAAAACGCGGAAGACCAAGGAAACUCAGUGGUUCAUCAGAUACACCGAUCGAAGGAUUGGGACAAGAUUUACAAUCAUGCUCGGCAACGGAUCUUGUACAGGGUUCACCAGAGAUGAUGGAAAUGAAGAUGGGCAUUGAUCUUCAGAGUGAAGCUAAUACCGGUGGUAACGGCAAUGCUAAUAAUAAUAACAAUAAUAAUAAUAAUAACAGUGGUAGCAAUCACUCGGCCUCAUCCGGUACACCGGGACCCACUACCGGAAGAAAAGACGAGCCUACGGAAAAUGGUGAACGGGAUACACCAGAGCCAGUGACGCCUAGGAUCAAACAAGAACCAGAACCAACGCCGAGUACUUCCGCGCAGGACGCGGAGGAGUCGUCGAACGGAAGUCAUGGUGUUGGUGGUGGUGGCGGUGGUGGCGGCGGCGGCGGCAAUAAUAGUGGUAACGGUGGUGCUCAAUCACCAGCACACAUACGUAUCAACUUUGAGCGAUGCUUUCGCAAUGAAUACAGCGCAAGUUUGCAAGGAAAAUCAUCUCUGGGGGGUAAUAAUGACAGCGUUACAAAUCAAGUUGCCACAAAUGAAGAACCGCCAAAUUCAGACACCGAGUCUGAGCAUAAGGUCUCAAAUAAAGAGCACCAUUUAAUGAGCAGUGCCAUAUUCAAUCUUGUCAGCGGCGGUGAGUCUGAAAUCAGCCAAAGUGACUUCGAGGGAUCAUUUAAAGUUGAAAGUGAAAGAACCGAAGGUUCUGUUCGUGAUUUUUGCGUUAAAGAGGGUGAUGUUUAUCGGUGUACUGUUUGCCAUCGCACUUACACACAUAUAAGUAAUUUUUGCCGUCACUAUGUAACAUCGCACAAACCUAAUGUCAAAUACUAUCCAUGUCCGGUUUGUUUCAAAGAAUUUACGCGUAAGGAUAAUAUGGUGGCUCAUGUUAAAAUAAUCCAUAGUUUAAAGCCACAUAUGAGUUUAGGCAGCUCUAGUAUGGGCCAGCAACGGUAGGCCAUCGCUCACAUUUUUUUUUUUUUACACUAAAGCCAAAUAAGUGAAAAUAAUUAAAUUCUUUUGAGGGAAAAUAAUAAUAAUAAUAAAUAAAUAAAAAAAGAUAAAGAUGGAGAUGGAGAUUAUGCGGGUGUUGUAUCAGUCGCAUUAGGUUGUUGUUGUUGUUAUUGUUUUCGUCAUUCAUCACCGUCAUUUAUCAUCAUUAUCAUCGUGUUAUUAUAUUAUUAUUAUUAUUAUUAUUAUUAUUAUUAUUAUUAUUACUAUUAUUAUUAUUAUACAUAAUAGAUUACCUUAUGCAGCUGCCAAUCAGAAAUAAAAAUACAAAACACCAACAAUAUACCAACGAAAUCUCCCAGUGGCUUUGCAGUCAGGCACCACCGCAAAUAAUAAAUAUAAAAUGUCAAAUAAAAAUUUUUAACUAUAAAUAUUAAUGAAAAAAAGAAAAAAAAAAAGGUUUAAAUAAAUAGUUAGUUAUUAGAAAACCCAAUAGGUAGAUAGAGAAUGCGAUUGUGGUUUAUAUAUUAUGAGUAUAUAAGCAGGGAGAUUGCACGUGUUAUUUAAUAUAAAUUUAAAAAAUAAUAAUAAAUAAAAAUUAAAUUGUUGAUUAUUUUAAAAAUAUAAUUCUUUAUCGUUAUCGUUAAUUUUAUUAAAAUUUUUAAUAAUCAAAAAAAAUUAUAUUCUCUGCAUGGAGACAUUUAUUGAUGCCAAUAACUAUUAAUAAUCUAUACUUUUUAUUAUUUUUCUUGUAGCAAUUAAUCGAUUAUUGAUAAGAUUGUUGAUUAAAAAAAAAUUUUUUUUUUUUAAAGCAAAAAAAAAAAUGAAAGUAGAAACGUUAACGUGCCAAUCUCCCUGUGCAUGAGGAUGAUAAUAGAGGAAUAAAGAUUUUUAAAAAAAAUAAUAAGAAAAUAUAUAAAGAUGUGAUUGUUAUUUUGAUGAUAAAAAUAAAAAAAAAAAUAAUAAAAAAAACAAGCCAACGCGGGCAUUAAUUUACAAAAUAAACGAGCUUUACCGCUUUAAUCUCCCACGCAAUAAACAUGGGAGUUGCGGAUAAUAUAUACAAAAGAAUACGUUAUUACUUGCAAAGAAUUUAUAUGAAAAAUAAAAAAAUUAAAUUAAAUUAAAAAAUAAAAAACCCAACCACAAAUUUUUGUGUUGCGGUGUAGAUAAGUCGAUUGUAAAAUAAAAUUAAUGUGAGUGAGUGAGUCAAAAAAUUUAGAGCGAUCAUAAAGCACCUCAGCGCUUUCGCGCUUUAGGUGUGCAAAAGUCGUAAUGGAUAUUGACAAAGUAAAAAAAAUUGGAAUUUAAAUAAAAAUGGGACAAUUAAUAAUUAUAUUAUUAUUUAAUAAAGUUCAAAUGGCUAAUUUUUACUUUACAAUACCACGCGAAUGGACUGUUAACAUAAAAUCAAAUAUUGCAUACGAUUAAGUACCUAAGUACAUUAAUUGCACAUUAUUUGUGCUAUCGAACAUGCAUCCCAUUACAUUAAAUAUUAACACACAUAUCCAAACAAAAUAAGUAAAUAAUUUAAUAAACUUGAGUACGAAACACUAACACGUAAAGUUUAUAAAUAUUUAAAAGAAAAAAAAUAUAAUCAUUAAAUAUUAAAGAUUAACAUAUUGACAAGUACACAUAAAAAAUAAGGAAACCACGUAGACUGAGUAAAUGCAAUAUAUGUACGAGAGACACAUAUUCGACCGUUCGCCUUAAAUUGUUGAGCCGUUUUAUCGUCGCGAGCUGUCGAGUCUGAUUUUAUUAUCACUUGAUUGUUAUAUCGUAGGUUUAUUUAGUCUUGAGUGGGACAGGAGGAUAAUGUUUUUUUUGCGUAAUCAAAAUAUUAAUAAAGUAUAUGAUAAAUAUAUAUAUAUAUAUAUAAAUAUAUAAUGAAAUGAUGGAUCAAUUCGUCGAGUAUAAUAAUAAAUAGUAAAUGAAAAUGAUACUGAAGUCGGCCGACGUCGAAUAGUUUUUGAAUUUUUUUUACAAAUGAUAAAUUUAAAAAAAAAAUAUUCCAAAAAAUGGCACUUUUAGUUUUUUUAAUUUUCUACAUGUGCAUAUUUUUGAUUUUUUUUUUUUUUAAUAAAUUGUUAAAGAAAAUUCGAAAUUUUUUGUCUGCUAACUUUAGGAUCAUAUGAGGAUACUAAAGUCAGUCGAUGUCGAAUUACUUUUGAAUUUUUUUUAAAAUGAUAAAUUAUUAAAAAAAAAAUAUUUCUGAAAAUUGCACCUUUAGUUUUUUUAAUUUUCUACAUGUGCAUAUUUUUAUUUUAUUUUUUUUUUGUUUUAUUUAAGUGUGGAAUAAAUUCGAAAAUUGUUAGUUGUCUGGUAACUUCAGAAUCAUAAAUGAAAAUGUUAAAUAUAAUAAAUAAAAUGACUAAUAACGGGAUAUGCAAUUUUUGAAAGACUGCUGCAGUGGGACGGUUUUAAACGACACCAAAUACAAGAUAGUACUGACAUUGGAUAGACUGAAGGCACCUUUUAUAGUAGUAAAACUUAAUAUUCCGUGUGCCGAACCGGAGCCCGAAAGCCGAAAGCCAAUUAUUCAAGUACAAUAUAUCUUAUUUUUGUUUGUUAAAUUUUUAUUUUGAUCUCGUUAAUGGUAUAGAGUUGCCAUUAUUACACAUUUUUAAAAUAUAUAUAUAAAUUUUUGUAUAAAUAUUUUAAAGUGUGAUAACAACUACCGAGUUGAGAAAUUUAAAAAUAAAAAUAAUUGUAUAUAAAGUAAUUAAUUAAAAAAAAAAUAGUGAUGUAGUUAAAUAUAUCCAAUUGUCCGAGAAACUUAAAUGAGGACGUGGCCAAAGUAGGUAAUAAUUAAAUUUCAAUUAAUAUUGCGAUAAUAAUAAAUAAAAUAAAAAAGGAUGAAUGCCUUAGAAUGUGCAAUUAUUCAAACUGUUUUGUUGUCUUAAAUAAAAAAAAAAAAAAAAAAAAACUAACCAUUUAAAUUUGUUAAAAAAUAAUAGAAAUAUCAUUAGUAGGGACAAAAUUUUUGCCUUAAUUUUGAAAUGUUUGAUAUGAUGGCGAAAAUAUUGGUUUCAUCAAAAAAAUUUUGAAACAAAAGUUGUAGGAAAUUUAAUUUUCUAAAAAAAAUCUCUCUUAUGAUUUUUUUAAACGACCAAUAAUUUCAUCGUAAUUCCAAAAUUACGAUUCAUAAUAAAUGAUUCAAAUUUUUUAUAAUUACCAAAAUCUUAAUUUUGAAAUUACGGCUUUUUUAUUAGUCCUAUGACAAAAUUAUAAGAGACAAUUUUUUUAGAAAAUUAAAUUUCCUACAACUUUUAUUUGAAAAUUUUUUUGAUAUGACUAAUA